AUACUCUAACUAUAUAAUUUAUUUAUUUAUAUAAUUUAUGAAAAUAUCAUUAGAUUUCAUGCAAAGUUUAUGUGUUGGUGUAAGUAAUUUAUCAAAAAGUGGCCCAUUUUAGCUGACUUCUCCCUAACUGUAAUCUGUCACAGUUACUGAGAAUUAAAUUACAGUUAGGCCUAAUAUGUUCGCACACAUAUCGAUUUCUUUCCCAAAUUGAAGUGACUACUCUAAAAUAUGAGACACCAAUAUUUCAGCAGUUUAGGACACAAAAUAGGACACAUGCUUAUUUGAUAACUGUUUCAUUUCCUAUUUGGGUUAUUAUGUAUAUGCUUUAUUUAUUUAUUUUAUUUUUUUUAAGAUUAGGUUAACUGUUUCUCUCCAAGGCACUGUUAUAUGCCACUGUUUCCUGUCAUACCUAUACAAGGACUGGAUUUCAAAAACAGUAUCAUACCUUAUGAUUUUAAAUCUGUAUUUAACCUAAGAAUGAUCUCAAAGUAAAAAGAGGUGCUAAAGUCUGAUUUUCAAAGAAACCUUCCCAACACUGUAUAUAGGCUACUCUGUGUGGGGGUCUGGAUGAAGGAGAGGUGUUUGGGCCAAACGUUCAGGUUUCCCAGCAGCAGACGCGCUACAGCAGGUGGCAGCAGCAACAAUACAAUUUUCAGCUUGACGGGUGUUCGGUGCCCAGCGGAUCGAAAACACGGGCCAUAGGCUAUACCUGAAGAAAAAAGUUCAUUUCUAAAUAAAAAGUUCACUCCUUUGGGAAUUCAGGGAAUUGGACCCCGUCCUGAAAAGUUUUGUUCAAGCAUUCACCUGUUGGAAUUGCUUCAAUAAUUUGUUGCUUCAGAUCAGAUGAUGAGGAUGGAUGGAUCUCACUGGAAGAAAUUCUGGAAAAACGCGUGUGCAUAUUCUAUGCCGAGCCCACCCGUGACCCGGUACACCUGCGUAGGUAACUGACGUCUAGAGUCACUGCUGAUAUAAAUGGAGCCGCGUCGUCACAAGUCGUCAGUAACAAUGUUGAUGGUUGGCAUCGCCUUCAAGUGUAUGAGCUCCUCUGAAUGGAGUAGUGCUGUUUAAUGAGGUUUUGCCAAUUUUACGCGCUACGCGACAUGGAAGAAAACAACGACACGUUCUUAUCAUUUCAGAACGACAGUGGUUUAGAUCAGCAAAUCGACAAUGUGACCUUACCUGUGAAGUUUCCACUAAGUUAUCAGAUCUCCACGUCUUUGCUGAUCGGCGCGCUCAUUCUAUGUUCCAUAUUUGGAAACGCGUGUGUUGUUGCGGCUAUUGCUUUGGAAAGAUCGCUACAGAAUGUUGCAAACUACCUGAUCGGAUCACUUGCCGUGACGGACCUCAUGGUGUCGGUGCUUGUGUUGCCAAUGGCGGCUCUUUACCAAGUUUUAGACAAGUGGACGCUUGGACAGGUAACUUGUGAUAUUUUUAUUUCUUUAGACAUUUUAUGUUGCACAUCUUCAAUUCUGCACCUGUGCGCUAUCGCUUUGGAUAGAUACUGGGCGAUCACCGACCCAAUAGACUACAUGAAGAAAAGGACAUUAAAACGUGCCGCUCUUUUAAUCACAGUUACCUGGUUUGUCGGCUUUUCGAUAUCAAUUCCACCCAUGUUGAUCAUGAAAUCUCAACCCAAGAGUAAAGCAGAAGACAUGGCCAAUCCUGAAGCUUGCAUGAUCAGCCACGACCCAUGGUACACCAUUUAUUCCACCUUUUGCGCGUUUUACAUCCCUCUGAUUCUCAUGCUGGUCUUGUACGGACGCAUAUUCAAAGCAGCGAGAUUUCGCAUUCGCAAAACCGUUCGAAAACCUGAGAAAAAGAGGGUGAAAUGUUUGACUGUGUCACCUGCGCUUUUUAAGCGCGCGAAUGGAGAGCUGGGCAAAAACUGGAAAAGCGCAGUCGAACCCAAGCCCGCCGCGUGCGUAAACGGCGCGGUGAAGCACGCGGAAGACGGCGAGUCUUUGGAGAUCAUCGAGGUUCACAGCAAUUCCAAAAACAACCUGCCUCUUCCCAACACGCCAAACUCUGUCCCUCUGUUCGAGAACAAACACGAGAAGAACACCGAGGCGAAGAGGAAGCUCGCCUUGGCGCGCGAGCGCAAGACAGUGAAGACUCUGGGCAUUAUAAUGGGCACUUUCAUUGUGUGUUGGCUGCCGUUCUUCAUCAAAGCGAUCGUGCUGCCUUUUUGUCCGUCUUGUGAUAUGCCUUUGUGGCUCAUCGACGUCAUUAAUUGGCUCGGGUAUUCAAACUCGCUUUUGAACCCCAUCAUUUACGCAUACUUCAAUAAAGACUUUCAGAGCGCCUUCAAGAAAAUUAUUAAAUGCCAUUUUUGCAGACCAUAAACAUAAUGCAUUUUCAAUUUUAACUGUCAGAAACACGAGUUUAACCAGUAUUGAUUGCUCAGAAAAACAAUAGUGGUGUAUUUUAACAGCACUGAAAACUUGCUCUUUAGUAACACUAUAAAUAUACAUGGUUCAUCCUGAUUUUAUGUAUCAGAUGUAUAUGUUAUGAUAUCAGGUUACAUAAUGUGUACUGCAAAUGUUUAUUUCAUGUCCAUGACAAACAAAGAUCAUGUCCAUGGUGUAAAAAAUAAAAAGUCCCUCUGUACAUUUACCUUGUGUCC